AUGAGUGGAUCUCCGGCCGGCAAAAAGCAAAAAAUGGUGAGCUCUCUCGAGCAAUUAAAAACUUUUACCACCGUUGUAGCUGAUACUGGAGAUUUUCAAGCAAUGGAGCAGUUCAAGCCAACUGAUGCGACUACUAACCCAUCAUUAAUCCUGGCUGCGGCCAACCAGAAGAAGUACGCUCAUUUGUUGGACAAAGCUGUGCAAUAUGGAAAGAAAAGUGGGAGCACUUUGGAAGAACAAACAGAAGCAGCUAUUGACAUGACCUGUGUUUUGUUCGGCCAAGAGAUUCUGAACAUCAUUCCCGGUCGUGUGUCUACAGAAGUCGACGCCAGAUUGUCUUUCGACAAAGAAGCUAGCAUUGAGAAGGCUAAGAAGCUUAUUACGCUGUAUGAAGAAGCUGGUAUUAGCAAAGAGCGCAUUUUAAUCAAGCUUGCUUCUACUUGGGAGGGAAUUCAGGCUGCUAAGGAAUUAGAAGAAAAGUAUGGAAUUCACUGCAAUUUAACUUUGUUGUUUAACUUUGCUCAAGCAGUUGCUUGCGCUGAAGCUGGUGUCACUUUAAUUUCACCGUACGUAGCCAACACAGACAAAAAAUCAUUCGAAGCAAAAGAAGAUCCAGGAGUAGUCUCCGUCACUAAAAUCUACAACUACUACAAAAAAUUCGGCUACAAGACAGUAGUGAUGGGCGCUUCAUUCCGUAAUGUCGGUGAAAUCAAAGAACUUGCGGGUUGUGAUCUUCUUACAAUCAGCCCAAAGCUACUUGAAGAUUUGGAGAAAAGUCACGAGCCGGUACGCAAGAUGCUGGCUCCCGAGGUUGCCAAGAAAGCCGAUCUCAAAAAAAUUUCUCUCAGCGAAGCUCAAUUCCGCUGGAUGUUGAACGAGGACCAAAUGGCCACUGACAAACUCAGCGAUGGAAUCCGCAAGUUUGCCGUUGACAUGCGGAAACUUGAGCAACUUUUACAGGAAAAAAUUCAAGCUUAA